AUGUUGAUUCGCUCAGUGAUGCCCAUUUUGAAGGUUCCGACUGCAGAAUUGAAUCUGAGAGCUGUUCUGUUGAAUGGGCAGUCUUUCCGGUGGCGCAAUAUUGGCGAUUCUUUCUACGGUGUUGUGGAUGGCAUCCUGCUGCAUUUGCAACGAAUCGAUGAUGAGAAUAUCGAGUGGUCUGAUCUUGGGCGUGCAGCUAACGUCGAGGAAGUCGAUAUCUCUGGCAAACUCCACAAAUACUUUCAGCUUGAUGUGUGCCUGGAAAAGUUGUGGGACCAAUGGUCUGCUAAUGAUUCCUUGAUGGCUGAGUUGAAAAGAGUCAAGGAGCUGCACGGCAUCCGGAUACUCAGUCAGGAUCCCUUGGAAACACUUUUAGCAUUCAUUUGCUCGGCAAACAAUAACAUUCCGAGGAUAUCUAGUAUGGUCAACAAGCUGGCACAACUAUACGGUGACCCAAUUGUUCUCGAUCCGCUCAAUGAUGGCGCCAAAGUCAUUGAUCGUUUCCCAGAACUGGGUUAUGCUUUUCCUAGCUUGUCGCAGCUAAACGCAGUGCAGAGCGAAUUGGAAAAGGUUCUUCGGGAGCAGCUCUUCGGAUAUAGGGCUAAAAGUAUCGGCGAAACGGUGAAGCAACUUGGGUCGAUGUCCUGUACGUGUCUCACAGAUGUUCGGCAUCUGCAGACCGACGAAAUUCGGGUUUUUCUCAUGAACUUUGCUGGAGUUGGUCCUAAAGUCGCCGAAUGCGUGGCUCUGAUGUCUUUUGGACAGAAUCAGUGUGUUCCGAUCGAUCGACACGUCUUUGAAAUUACAAAGAAGUACUACAUGCCAUCUUUAAAAGACUCGAAUCUGACGAACGCUUUGAGUCGUAAGCUGAUGAAAUUCUAUGGAGACAAGUUCGGAACCUAUGCUGGUUGGGCUCAAGCGGUGCUGUUCAAUGAGCAGUUGGAGAAAUUCGUUGGCGCGCCACGGAAGGAAAGUAACAAUAAGUUGAAAGCCACUUAUAAUGGCAAGAUUGCUCGAAUGUAUUAG